UGGCUCCCCGGCCCUGGGAGGAGGCGGCGGCGGAGGUACCCCGGCCGGGAGGAGGAGGAGCCGCCGCUGCCGCCGCCGCCGAGGGCUUCUCGCUUCGCCGCCGCGCUGCCGGGAGGGGAAGGGUGGCCGCGCCGCGCCCCCGCGAUGCCGCUCUUCGCCACCAACCCCUUCGACCAGGAUGUGGAGAAAGCAACCAGUGAGAUGAACACUGCAGAGGACUGGGGCCUCAUUUUAGACAUCUGUGAUAAAGUUGGACAGUCACGCACAGGGCCUAAGGACUGUCUCCGUUCUAUUAUGAAGAGAGUGAACCAUAAAGAUCCCCAUGUUGCUAUGCAAGCAUUAACACUUCUAGGAGCAUGUGUAUCAAACUGUGGGAAAAUCUUUCAUUUAGAAGUCUGUUCAAGAGAUUUUGCCAGUGAAGUAAGCAACGUGUUGAAUAAGGGUCAUCCAAAAGUUUGUGAAAAGCUGAAAGCCCUUAUGGUGGAAUGGACCGAUGAAUUCAAGAAUGACCCACAGCUUAGUUUAAUAUCUGCUAUGAUAAAAAAUCUUAAAGAGCAAGGAGUCACUUUCCCAGCUAUUGGUUCACAGGCUGCUGAGCAGGCAAAAGCAAGUCCAGCUCUAGUUGCCAAAGAUCCUGGUACAGUAGCCAACAAAAAGGAAGAGGAGGAUUUAGCUAAAGCUAUUGAACUGUCACUAAAAGAACAAAGGCAACAGCAAACAACACUUUCCAGUUUGUAUCCAAGCACCUCAAGCCUUUUAACAAAUCACAAACACGAGGGCCGAAAAGUUCGUGCAAUCUAUGAUUUUGAGGCUGCUGAAGACAACGAAUUAACUUUUAAAGCUGGAGAACUUAUAACUAUCCUCGAUGACAGUGAUCCAAAUUGGUGGAAAGGUGAAACUCAUCAGGGUAUAGGAUUGUUUCCAUCAAAUUUUGUAACAGCUGAUCUUUCUGCUGAGCCAGAAAUGAUGAAAGCUGAGAAGAAAACAGUGCAGUUCAGUGAUGAAGUUCAAGUAGAGACAAUAGAACCUGAGCCUGAACCAGUUUAUAUUGAUGAAGAUAAAAUGGAUCAACUCUUGCAGAUGUUACAAAGUGCGGAUCCAUCUGAUGACCAGCCAGACCUCCCAGAAUUGCUUCAUCUUGAGGCAAUGUGCCACCAGAUGGGACCUCUCAUAGAUGAAAAGUUGGAAGAUAUAGACAGGAAACAUUCAGAACUUUCAGAGCUCAAUGUUAAAGCAAUGGAGGCUCUUUCUUUGUAUAACAAACUGAUGAAUGAAGACCCAAUGUAUUCCAUGUAUGCAAAACUACAAAACCAACAGUAUUAUAUGCAGUCAUCUGGUGUUUCUGGCUCUCAGGUUUAUCCGGGGCAAGCUCAAAGUAAUGCAUAUUUGGUGGCAGGGAGUGCACAGAUGGGCCAUAUUCAAGGCUACAACCUUCCUCCUGAACAGCUCUCUUCUCUCAGCCAAGGCACAGUUACUCCAUCUGCCAGCUCCGGGCUGCCUGGGCAGCCUGCACAGACGUCUUACACAAACGCAAUGGUUGGCUCUGUUGCUGGAAAUACUUACUCUAACCAGGCUUCAGUGUAUAGUCCACCACCUGCUACUGUUGAUGUUGCUGCUUAUCAGAAUGCUGGAACUAAUGUGUCCCAGGUGCCAAACUAUAACUUAGCAUCUACACCUCUGCCACAGACAGCAGGCAGUCAACAAGCACCUCCACAACAACCACAGCCUCCGCCACCUCAACAACCACAGCAUAGUUACUCGCAGAAGGCUCUGCUAUAGGAUCCAGGACUUCUGAUUCCUAAUCUUCUUUAACCUCUGCUAAAGGCAGUUGGCAAUUCUAUGAGUUUCUUCCCUUAAUCUCUUAAACUUUGUUUAUCCUCAGCUUAAUAAGAAUCUAUCUUGGUGAACAAGUUCAAUUUGCACUGACUUUUUAGGAUUUUUUUUUUUUAAUUUUGCAGAGGAACGGAUAUAUUUAGGACAUUUAAUUCCUUUUAAAAUGCCUAAAAAUUGGUACAAGAUUAUUUAUGUUUGGUAAAAUUGGCUAGUCUGUGAAAACUCAACACUUGCAAACUGUCGUGGCAUAUAUGUUAUGUACAUAUAGUGUGUGAUUGCAGUAGUGGCCAUUUCGUAUAGCUAUGGUGAUCAUGUGAAUAUAUUUAACACAAUGUUUAAAAAUAAUUUACUUUACUAUUUUAUUUUAAUCAUGAACUGAUGACCAGGUUUCAUAGUUUUGUCUGGUUUUAUGACAGAUGUGAUGUCUUUUUCCAAUGCAGGAAAAGCAGUAAUUCUGCAUAUCAUGGUUACACUUACAAGCUACGGUCUAUAUAUGAAUUUACAAACUUAUCCGAGUCUAGGUUUCACCGCUUCUUGAAUUGAACACAAGUGUAUCAUGACUAUUAGAUGGCUUAUCUACCAAAGUAAACUCGUUAACUAGUAAGUGAUUUGGGGGGAUAACAGCAAAUUAUGAUUCUGCUUCAGAUAUAAUUAAUAACUUAAAACUACUAUUCAGAGGCUGCUAAACAUAUCAUGGGACCAUGCAACAGAUCAGAAACUUGCAUUUUAUCAUAAGAGCAUGUAAUUUAUUUUUUCCAAGUUGUUUUUUUUACAAUGAGAACCAGAACUGUACUCUAUGCGUGUUGGUAGAGAUUACACCAAAGACAGAGGAAUUGAGUUGGAGGAGAAAUGAUGGAGUUUUAAACUGGAACACACAACAUAAAUAACACUACUUUAUUCAACUCUUCUUAAUUAGAACAUGGAGAAUUAUGGACAUUUAAAUCACUUUGCUGAACAAACCUUCAGGGCUUUAUUUUAUCUCUUGUGGCCUUGCUUAGCAAUUUGUUCUGUUUACUGUUCUUACACAAACACUUCUGCCUUAAACAUCUGCUUCAAUUUCCAGUUGUACCAUUAGAGUGUAUUUGCCCGUCUAUAGUAUGAAUAGCUUAUGAGGCAUCUUAUUUUCAUUUGCUUUCAGGUUACUUUGAAUUCUCUUCUGCAGCAACAGCCAUUAGCCUUUUUUAAACCCUUGCAUUUCUCAGUAACUCACCCAGGUGGCUCUUUAAGGCACGAUAUUUUCUUUCUACAGCUGAGGAGCUGCAAAAGGAACACGGUGAUGGAAGGCCGCAUUUUAGAUAUGCCUGAUCAGAGUUUCUUGUACAAAGACUGUUGUUACUUUGGAUUUGUGUUCAAUCUAUUAAUGCAUCCUGGUUUCCUCUUAUCAUUUCCAGCGACUCUAAUUCUAAUUAGAGCAAUACUAGAUGGCUUCAACGUCAGAUCUGUGUUUUCAGUCUUGUUAGUGUGUAUGUCAGAAAUGGUUUGCUUUUGUGUACUAUAUUUUAGUGUGGUGCUCCUGGAAUUAAAUGUUGCAAUUGUACAUUACGCUAUAAGCUGACCUCAGUUGUCCCAUACGCUCCCGCGUCUGUUCACAGUUACCUAACACGCCUUUGGUUCACUGUUUUAAUAGACACUGGUAUUUUCCCUGUUAAUGCUUUCAGAUGACUACUUUGCAUAACUUCUAACUGGGGUGGUUACAAAACGUGCCCGUAGCUGAUGUGUUCCAGUUGGGGAUGUUCUAGCCAGCUGGCUGUUUUGAUACUAGUAUUUUCAUGUUUUGUGGGGUUUUUUUCUCCAGAAUUCUUAAGCACCCUCAAAAAAUUGUCAUUACUUCAGUACUUGGUGUCAUCACAGAAGUCUGUGGAAUUUGAAAGGAAAGACUAAAAAAAAAAAGAAUCCAAGAUAUUGUCAUAGAUCAUUUUUAAUAGAUUGAAGAGGUGAUUUUCUUUAGAAAGGGCAUGUAGUUUCAUUUAGAUAGCAUUGUCUGUGUGCUUUAGGUACCUUAUCAGAGAAACAAUGUGUAUAGAAGUGUAUAAUUUCUACACAGAAGUGAAAAUGACUUUUUAGUCCAUAGUUCUUAGGCCCUGAUUCAAGGAGGAGCUUGAAGAUUCGGAAUAAUCCAGCUGACAUUGACUAUUUGUAUUCUCAGGUUUUCACAUGCUGUGUCACGUGUUCCCUAAUAAGGGACUAUGGAAAUUCUGUACAGAAAUGACUACACAAAAAUACUUUUUAUUACUAAUUUGUCUUUGUUUUUAAAAUUUUCGAAGUCUUCUUUCCUUAAAUCAUAGAAUUGCCUAGGUUGGAAGGGACCUUUCAGACCAUCUAGUCCAGCCAUCAAUUAAAACACAGAAAUGGUUGUUCCUGGUUUCUCCUUUGAACACUGGAAACUUAAGUAUAUCUUAAGUUUUUCUGCCUUCCAACUUAUUUUGGGCAUUUAACCAUCUUUAAGAAAAUUAAAAUCACCUUUCAUUUGUGUUCAUGAUGACCAAAAAACACUUUCUAAAAUGCAAUGCCACUAAAAAUUCAGUAUAAUAAAAGUUUUGAAAAAAAGAUGGACACUUUUUAUUUGAUUUCAUGCCGUUAUUAAAGUGGCUGCUCUAAGGUAUCUCUUGUAACAAAUUGUGAAUUUUAGUUGACUAAGAAUCAGUUUUCGUUGUCCACAAUUGGCGCAGUAGAUCCCUAGGUUUUUAGGUUCAGAGUGUUUCUAUUGCACCCUACCUACAUUUUCCAUUUCAGGUACAAUUUUCAUAUUUAAUUGAAUUUGGAGCUGUAUUGCUUCAUGUUGAUUUUUCUCAUUUAUCAGAAAAAGAUGAUUUCAUCUUCUCACUUGGUUGUCCCCGUAUGCCAGAUACUCGAAAGCGAUGCUUCCUUCUACCUUGCUAGAUGCUGUCAUUGCGCUAAUUUCUUCACUCACCCUCUCGUCUCCUCGCUCACUGACAAUUUAGCAAUUAUAUUUCAAUUCACCUCCUCUCUGCUGGUUUAGUAUCAUGAACCUGGAGAUGCCAUUACUGGGGCUUCUCUGCUGUGAUUUAUUCUGAGAUUCCUCGUUUAUCCAUUGUUUUCACCAAGUUCACAGAUGUUCUGUCUUACUGUGGUAUUGAACACUGAAUAGGGGUGAGAGGGGGGAAAGUACAUGUACAGCUACUGUAUGGAAGAGCUUUUUAGCAAAUAAAUAAGGUCAGGAAAUUAAUCUAUUUGAAAGUUUAAGAAUCCCUGAACAUAUGUUACUCAUGUUCCAAUAGAAGACCUAAUUUUUGAAUGUCUUGUUUCUUUACAUGUAAAUUGUCAAUGAAAGGCUAAAGUGUUUUCAUAAUAUUUUGUAUAAACCUUUGCUAUAUAACCCUUUCAUUAAGGAAUACAAAAAAUGUUAAUUAACUCCAGAAGGGGUAUUUUAGUGACUUGUUUAUCAUGAACUGGAUCAAACUCUGGAAAGUGCCUUCUGUGCAUUUCACUUGUAUAAACAAAGGUUGUUUACCCAUGUGUAUCAUCUCAAUUUAUGUGGGCAUAACAAAGAUGUCAAGAUUCACUGUAAAGCAUCCCAGGAACAAUACUGAGGCAGCGCGUUAAAAUUUGCUGUGCUGAUGUCGUGGCAGUAUAUUCCAGAGUGCGCAGUUGCAGAGACAGUUGCAACGUAUUUACCCACCUCCAUUUAGUAACUGGUACCCAUGCAGGUGUGUAUUUAGUGUCACCGGCCAAAGCACAUGUAGCCAUCAGUAAAACAACAGUAAAAAAGAACAACAUAUAAGAAUUACUGCAUGCUUCUCAACAGGUGUGGAGCAGCAUAUUGCCCUCACGGUACGGUUACUAUUCAUGAAUUUUGAGGGGAGGAGAACUGAAAUGAAUUUGAGUAACCAUAACUUCAGAGAAUUCCGCCAGAUUGCAGAUGCUUAGACGUAACAAAGGAGGUGAAUUUGCUUUGAAUAGCAUGUACAUAUUUUGGUGAUCAAAUCUAGGCUGCUAUUAUAGUUCUCUGAUUUCAUCUAGAUGGCAGGAACAUCAGAUUUACACUGGAGAACUGCUUAAUACCUCAUUCUCCAAUUUUUUUUUAGUAUUUUCUCUAAUAUCACUUACCUUAUUUUUCACUCAUAUUUCGAAGAUGUCUGUGCAGCCUUUAUAUAUAAAGGUCUUACCUUAUUCCUCGUCUGCUGGGUUUCACAGACAGAAUGAAAAACGAACAUCUCUAAUUGCAGCAGCUACAACGGCACUUCGAAUGAUGUAACUGCAGCUUCCUUCGGAGAAGCUUCACGGAUCUGUUUUGGAACAAGGGAGCAUAAUGUUUCCAGUUAAAAACUGGGAGGAGAUUUUUUUUUUUUUUUUUUAAAGAAAAAAGUAAAGUUACAAACCCCUCUAUUGCCACAAACCCCUCCAUUGCUAACAGCCGGCAGAAUCAUUGUUUACUCUGUUAUUCAAUCUUGGUAAAGCCGACCAGCUCCACGCUACAGACGCUCCUUUUUCAGUUUCAGCUGCAGUGCAGAAUGUUAACUUUCAUGCGUUACACUAUCCAACACCACAGGAAAAUGUGGGAAGGCCUUGCCGUUUGAACUUUUUGCUUCAAGAUGUAAAAAAAACCCCACCAUGUACGUUUUUGAAGCCUUGUUUCUUAAAUUAGGGUGUUUGUGUUUUAAAAACAUUCCAUUUGCUACUAUGUGAAAUUGCAGAUCUGAAGUUCACUUUUCAUGCUGCUGCCUUGGCAAAAAGGUGGUAGGAUUUUUUUUUGUUGUUGUUGUUCUUCUAUCCUGCAUGUGCUUCUGGAAAUCCAAAUAAUUUUUGUCUUUGUCAUGAAAAAGAAAAGAAGCCUGCUGCAGUCUGCUUUGGUUUUAAUAAAGUGUACACAGUAGCAAAGUGCAUUUUUGGUUUUGUUUGUUUUGAUGCUCUCUUUGAUGUUGGCAUAUGUAUAUAUUUAGAUAUACUGCACUGUUGUACAAGAAUUGUUUUAGUAAAUAACACUAUUUGUAAAAACUGUUAAUUGUUUUUGGUAUGAAUGCAAAAUAUUAAAGUUGGAGUAUUUAGUUCA